GAAGUUUGAUGGCGCAACACGCAAAGAAUCUGCUGCUGAAGAGUUUUUGGCUUCUAUCCAUUUAUUUCAUUUCAACACAAGCCACAAACGAUUACAAAUGCAUAGCCUUUCCAUCCGAUGCUCACUGUCUGAUCGAGCAUGUCCAGUACCAUCCGGGCGAGCAGAUCGUUCUGCCCACGGGCUAUCAACACUUUCGGAUCGGCGUAGCCAAAUGCGGGGGCGACCGUGAAUCAAAUAUAACCUCACUUGAUUCAACGCUGUAUGAGGCGAUGCAUCGACCAGCAAGCAUUGAAAUGACGAACGUGAAAUUGAAACACAUCAACUUACCGGUGAAUCUAACGCACGGAAAAUUUUCCGAUAACGAAAUUAACAUUUUAGAAAUCGACCACCAUAAGGUCUACCAAAUCAUCUAUCUGGAUUUGAAUCGAAACCAGUUCUCCAACGUCAGCAACGUCAGUGCGUUGGUAAAUCUCGAGACACUUCAGCUGCAAAGUAACGGCAUAACAAUAAUAGACCAGUCCAUAUUCGUACCACUUGUUAAACUGAAACGACUGGACCUGAGCUACAAUGCCAUCCAAAGUAUUUCCUGGGAAAGCCUGACCUCUACCCUGGUCCAUUUGGACUGCUUCUUUUGUUCACUGAAAUCAGCUGAUUUUAGUGGUUUGAAUCUACCCGCUUUAGAGUAUUUAAACUUGGAGAAGAAUGAUAUCCACGUGUUGAACGUUACGGAAAUUCUUCGCGCUGCACCAAAUUUAAAGGAGGCAUACUUGUUCAAUCGACCGAUUCUCCCGUCGAACGAUAUGACCAACAUCGUGAAAGUGCUUCGGGAACGCGACAUUAAGUACAAACAUAUUGGAUUUGAUUACUGCUUCGAAGGGGAAGAAUACGUCGAUGGAAGGUGCUUGGGACCUCUGCAGCGGGAAGGUAUUAGCAUGAGCGCCCUCAUAGUGCUGAUUUCGGUGGCCGUUGGUUUGCUGUUCUGCUUGGUGAUUUACUUACCUACCAGGAGAAAAAUUAAACGGCGGAAGGACAUGCAGACUGCAGUAGAUAUAUGAACUAAGUAUUGAUUUUGUGAAGUAAUCUUGUUAUAAUUAUUAUUAACUAUUUUUUUAACUAAUAAAAGAUUUACACUUCUCAAGAAUAUUGCUUUCGACUUAA